AUCGUGAAAAUUAUUUGUCGGUUUUUCUUGACCUUCCAGUAUUUUCCAGUUUCCACAAUCUAGCCCACAAAUGAUUCCAGCACGGUGCUUUUGCGGCCAUUAAGUAUUCUGAGUUGAGUUUUGUUGUAAGCAUUUUACGCUUUACGUAGGCUUUACGUGUGAAUUAUUAUCCACAGAAAACUAGGGAUUUUGGGAAAGCAAUUAGCACUAGAGACGUAGAGAUGGAAGUCUUGGAAAAUGCUUCGAGUAACUCUGUAAAGCGCGUAGAUCUCUGCAGUCUACCAGAUAUCAUGUUCAUUUUCCCGGACGACAGCGGUGCAAUUGUUACUGCGGAGAAAUUUACUUUGGCGGAUAAAAGCGAAGUGUUUGAGAAGCAAUUUCCUCCGUCUAGCAGCGAGAUCGAGCGUGUAUCAAUCGCAGACAUAUCUUUCGACACGUUUGUCGAGUUUGUGAAGCAUAUUUAUGGAACAGCCAUAGAUAUUAACGAGGAAAAUUAUCUGGAGCUCCUGUACGCUUCUACCAAGUACUUUGUUGAUGAUCUGACGCACAUGAUUGUGGGGUUUCUCAAAGGAUUCUUGGACUCCGGAAAUGUGGUUCAACACUUCGAAUUCAUAGAGAAGUUCGACAUCAAAAUGCUGAAUGACUACAUGAAGCGGCUUUUCGUCAAGUUUCCUCUAGAUGUGAUCAAAAGUCUGACAAUAUCUGCGCCUCACAAGCGAAUUCUAAAGAUAAUCUUGAAAUCACCGUCUCUUCCGGUCUCUGAAUUCGAUCUGUACAAGGCCAUCUUGAAGAUGAAAUGUUCGAAGAAGAAGAUAAGGAGCCGCCGUGGAACAAGACUGAGGGAGGAUCUCGGGAAGCUGAUCUACUUGAUCAGAUUCCCAUGCAUGACUGUUAAGGAGCUGAUCUCCUGUGGAGAGCCGCCGUCUCUGCUGACGCACAAGGAGUUGGUUGACUUUCUUCUGUGGGUGGAGAAGGAUCUAUACUCAGAUACUAUUCGUCACUUUUCCACAACACGGAGGUCGAAUACUUCUAAGAAUGUUCAUUUCUUAUUGCCAUCAGAAUAGAAACCGAGAAGUCUGAGCAU